GAGGUGGUUUAUAUAGGGGACUUGGAAGUCCCCAGCCUGUGAACUCAGUGCAGUUUUGAUGCUCAAUUGCCUUCCUCAGCUGUUUGAAAGGCAGACACAGAAUUUGGGGGUAACUCAAAGAACACACAUAAAAAUGGAGCUGAACUCUCUGUUAAUUCUCCUGGAAGCAGCUGAGUAUUUGGAAAGAAGAGACAGAGCGUUCCUGCAAAGGAGGAAAAAAUGCAUGGAAAAAUAUAUUGCCACUAAUGCUGACUUUGUCCCUAGAAGCAGAACAUGGCUAUGCAUCAGUGUUACCCUUCGAUAGUGACUAUUCCAGAAAGAAAACAAAGGCAGGCACGCUGGCAAGAAAAUCCCAGAAUAACAGGUCAUCACACAACGAACUUGAAAAACAUAGACGGGCUAAACUCCGGCUAUAUUUGGAGCAGCUAAAACAGCUUGUGCCUCUUGGGCCAGAUAGCACCAGACACACCACUCUAAGUCUGUUGAAAAGAGCCAAGAUGCAUAUCAAGAAAUUGGAAGAACAGGACCGAAAAGCUCUAAAUAUUAAAGAACAAUUACAGCGGGAGCACCGCUACCUCAAACGCAGAUUGGAGCAGUUAUCCGUGCAGGGCAUGGAACGUAUCCGCACUGACAGUAUGGGAUCAACAAUAUCCACUGAUUCUGAACAAGAAGUAGACAUUGAAGGAAUGGAAUUUACACCAGGUGAAAUGGACAGUAUUGGAAGUGCCAGUGAUGUUGAAGACCACUACAGUUUGCAAAGCAGUUCAAGUGAUGGUGGCUAUACACAUUCCCGCAGACUUAAUGCCAGGCUCUCAUAGUGCCUGAGUUACCAAUUCAGCUCAGGACCAUCUAACUGAAGCACUUAUAGAAGAAAAUUCCAGAGGUGUCAACUGCCACUCUUCCGGGAAACCCCAACCACAGCACUCUGAAAUGGAAGUUUCGUACCCACGGUUCCCUGCACUGUAACCACAAUAUUCGAUAUUGUAAAUCAUGGUUUUGCUGCAGAGAACUGUGGUUAGGUACAGUUGUGACUUAAAGCUAGCUUGAUGUAGCCAUUCUGCAAAUUUUAAAAAAAUCAUAUCAUUCCAUGCAAGAAGUAUUAAAUUCAAACUGUUGGAAGCAUAUGAUGGCAUAAGGAAGUUUAAUAAGAAAAUCAUUUUGAUUUUGCAGAAACUGUUUUCAAAUAUUGAAGAAUAAAUGGAAUCUAUGAUGUGUUAGUGAUUCAAAUCUAUAAAAAUUCAACUACUUUUUUUUCUUGGUUUUUUUCUUCAUGGAAAAUUAUUAAUGCUUUAUAGCUGGCUGUAGAGUAUAAAUUCUUUUACUAGUUGUGUUUGAGAGAGGCAGACAGAAAAAAAUCUCCAAAUCUUAGAUGAUCUUUAGAAAAAAGAUCAUAUUAACAAGUCACUACUGUACUUCAAAAUGGAGAGGAAAAAAGCCAGCUCUAAUAAUGACUUCAUGUGGGAUUAUCUCAACUUUCUUUUGCUUUUUGUUUUCAGCAUCCAACCAGCAGCAAAUCAUUCUCACCGUGGUAACAGAGCUAGCACAAAGCAACGUUGCAGUGUUAACCUGUUAUCAUGGAAGAGAUGACUUUUGAAACAUUUCGGUAUUUUUUGUAAAGAAUACAGAGCUCAAAUGAGCCAGAUUUUGAUAAUUUAAACCUCUCCUUACAAGGAGUGUUUGCUAAUGUUUCUUUUUUCCUAUUUAUAGCUACCAGUACAUUUUUAUGGAAGGCAUGGCUUAUAAUUACAGUAUUCAGCUAGAGGAUAAUUAAUCAUUUUUUCUUCUUUUGCACGCUAUAAUUGCAUUUUCUAUUGUUAAAUAAAGUGCAAAAAAAUAAAGUGUAUGCUGUAAAACAGCAAAUUUUAUUUAGUACUCAUCAAGCUGUUCAGAACAUAUUUACCCAAUUGUAGCAAUACUACGAAGAUGUAUUUUAAUACAACUUUGGCUUAGUGAAGUCAUUAGAGCUUGGCUUGCUGGGUAAGAAAAAUGGACCAGUCUUUGCAUUAUCUGUAUAAAGAAGGUCUUUUAAAAAAAAAGAAAAAAAAAGAAAAGAAAAAAGAAAAAAAGCUACAAACACUUCUAGAGAAGUGAUUUUAGCAAGUGUAGUCUAUAUUUCCUGUAAGAGAUUUUGUAUUAUAUUUUCCUAAAUGUUCUCAUUUACUUGUAUAGGGAGGGGAAUGGUACAGACCCAAACCAGAGUCUCAGGGACUCUUCACCCUUGUCAUAUUGUGCCUUGGUGACCAUUUAUGUAUGUCUCUCCUUUUUCAUUGUUUAAAGGCAACUAAGCUUUGUUUCUUUCAAGACCCUCUGUUUGAAUGGUCAGUUGUCCAUCUUAUUACAAAUGAAGCACUGAGAGUUAUACAUUCUCUCAUAUCCAAUCAGUGUGUCUUUUUAGUACAAUUAUACAAUCAGGUUUUGGUGAGAGGGUUAACCAUUAAUUACAUUAUACUUCAUAGAGGCCCUCCCUUUGAUUCUUCAGCACACAGAUCUACAUUUUGUUAGCUUUUUGAAUCAGGGUCUCUGUGAGACCAAUAUUAAAUGGCUAUGGAAACAAAUGUAUUGUAUAAUGCUAUAGGAUGUCUAACUGUGGUACCAUUUUAAUAUUCAAAUAUAAAAAACUUACGACAUACUGACCAUAAUGAUCAAAACAAAGAUUCAGUUGUUCUUUCAACAUUAGACAUAUGUGCCCUCCCUUUGGCUUUACAACAGAGAGUAGAAAUAUGAAUACAUUUUGUGGCAGCUUACAAUCCUUGUUUGCACUCUCGCUUACUGCUUGGAACUUGCCAACAAGGAAAAUGUAUACUUUAAAGUUACAUAACCUAAUUUAUGGCCAUCUGUACUUUGGCUUUGGGGAGGGGCCUAAGGUUAUAAACUCUGGCAGCUGAAUAAUAAAAAAAACAACAAUUAACCUUUUCUGUAAUGCAGGUUUUGGUAUUAUGUUAUACACCUUUGCAUAUUACUAAAAUCCUCAUUGUUGGGGAAAACACACAGCAAUAUACUCAUUGUGUGUAGCUGACAAGCAGCAAAAAUUACUAGCUCCUUUGGUGCAUAUGUAACUAAUUUCCAAAUCUGGAAAAAUUAAGUGUUUACUUUAACACACGACUGUUAACGGGGGGUGGGGGGAAAAGGCUAGUAUAUUGUUGCUGUUCAUUUAUUAUAUAAUGAACACAUUCAUAAAUUGUAAAGUGUUUCCUUUUGUGACAAGCAGCUCUUGCACAGAACCUCCUAAUAAAAAGAGAUUUGAAACUCACAGAAGGAGAGUAGAGAUUUUAAAUCCAACAUUGUUGUACCUUAUGUUGAUCUGAACUUCUCCUUUUAAAGAUGAAUGUGCUAAUUUAAUGAGUUCUUCCACGCUGGGUAUCCAUGGCUUUGUAGAUCUUAUAUUUUCAAUAAAAAUUACUCCAAUAAUCUGAA